UCGAAUUCCCUUUUUCCUGACAUUAAAACGAUAUCUUUUUAUUAAAUACCAAUUUCAUUAUCAAAUUGCAGACACAUAUGAAUUCAUCAUUAAGCAGCUACAGAUUAUUUAAUUACUGAAUGAACGUUAUUGUUUGGUGAAGUGAAAGUGAUAUUUUACGACCGGAACUUCAGAAGGUGUUGGAAAAGUGCCAACUUAAUGUUGAUGCCCAUUUGACUAGCUUGUGCUGUUGUCAACAAGUGGUUUCUUGGCAAGUUUUAUGGAAAACAAUAUGGUUGCGCCAAGAUUCAGGACAAUUUUCUUUGACAUAUUUUUGUUGAUCCUCCAGAUAUCUAUCGGAAAUAUCUCAUCUUUCGAUCUGGCAGCCCCAACUUUCACCAUCGAACCUCCAUACCAAGUGGAAUUCUACAACACAAAUGGUGCAGAAAUACCAUGUUCUGCCCAUGGACGACCCAGUCCUUAUAUUAGUUGGGUGAGACGUGUAGAUGCCGUGGUGGAAGACAUUCCUGGACUGCGACACUUGAGGCCAAAUGGCUCUCUAGUCUUCAUGCCUUUCGGGCCUGAAGACUACAGGCAGGAUAUCCAUGCUUCCAUCUAUAAGUGUGUUGCUUCGAAUAUUGUUGGAACUAUUGGAAGUCGUGAUGUCCACGUUAGGGCAGUACUGAGUCAGCAGUACGAGGUACGUGUAUACGAUGAGUUCGUGAUACGAGAUAACACUGCUGUCCUCAAGUGUCAUAUUCCCAGCUUUGUGAGAGACUAUGUGACCACGACUGCAUGGUUCCGUGACGAUGGACUGGUAAUUCACGUUGAUGGGACGCAAGGAGGUAAAUACAGUGUUUUCCCUUCUGGAAAAUUACACAUUAGAGAAGCGAAGCAACAAGAUGGAUUCAGAAGCUAUAGGUGUCAAACCAAACAUCGAUUAACUGGCGAAACGAAGCAAAGCUCUGCCGGCCAACUAAUUGUGACAGAAUCUCACAGCACAGUUCCCCCAAGGAUAACCCAUCGAGAAGAAGAAGUGAAAGUGCAGUUGGGAGAAAUUGCUUUUUUGCCCUGUGCUGCUGAAGCCUAUCCUGUCCCUACGCACAGGUGGUACAAGCAGGAAUCGGGGCGAACGAAUGCUAUUGUUUCUAGUCAGAGGGUUUUCCUCAUGGGAGGCACUUUGGUGUUCCGAAGAGCCAUUGUCAUGGAUAGUGGGAAAUACGUGUGCCUGGUCAAUAACAGUGUAGGACAAGAAAGAAUAGAAACUGAGUUAAUCGUUGUAGUUCCAAUCCAAGUGAGAGUAAGUCCAGCUCAGCAAACUAUAUCUGUUGGUCAAGCUACCCACUUCAACUGCACAGUGUCGGGCUUCCCGAUUUAUGGAGUCACAUGGACCAAAAAUCUGCGUCCUGUCUUGACGAAUGAGAGAAUCCGUGUCCUUGGCAACGAUGUCUUGUCCAUCAACUCGGUGGUUCGUGAUGACAGAGGUGUAUAUCAAUGCUUCGCUCACAACCAUUUUGAUUCUGCGCAAGGCUCGGGAGCUUUGCUAUUAGGAGAUGAGCCACCUGUUUUAGAGGAAAUUUUUUCUGACAAGAUAGUCUAUCCUGGCGUUUCUGUCUCUCUUAAAUGCAUGGCUACUGGCAGUCCCUUGCCACAGGUUACAUGGCGUCUAGACUCAUUGCCGCUUCCAGAGCAGUUGCGAUUUCGUGUAGGCGACUAUGUCACAAGAGAUAGCAGAGUCGUCAGUUACGUCAACAUCACAAGUAUCCAAGUCGAAGAUGGUGGACUCUUCUCAUGCAAGGCAACAAACGAAGUAGGAUCGGUCACGCACGCUGCGAGAAUAAAUGUGUUUGGUCCGCCCACCAUUAGAUCUAUGCCUAAUGUCACGGCUCUUGCCGGAGAAAUUACAGUGCUGCCUUGUCCAGCCGGGGGGCAUCCUUUAUCCAGUAUUUCUUGGUCAAGAGAUUCAAGAGUUUUGCCUCAAAAUCAUAGACAGCAAGUAUUCCCAAAUGGGACACUGAUAAUAAGGGAAGUAAACAAGAAAGCAGAUGAAGGAAAAUAUACAUGUACAGCAGAAAACAAAGACGGAGACAGAUCGCAGAAAGAUGUGUAUGUUCAAGUAAUGGUGGGUCCAAAAAUAGAGCCAUUUAACUUCCCAACGAAUCUAGAAGAAGGUAUGCGUUCCAUUGUAACUUGCGCAGUUCUAUCGGGUGAUCCUCCGAUGACAACUCAGUGGCUGAAAGACGGUGCAGAAAUACCGUUGGAUCUGGAACCAAAAAUUGAAAUGAUUGACGAAUAUACGACGUAUUUGAAGUUUACAGCUGUUGGACCGCAUCACAAUGGAAAUUAUACCUGCAUAGCAAAGAAUCCAGCGGCUACCGUUAACUAUACUGCUUUGCUUGUGGUUAAUGUUCCCCCAUACUGGAGAUCUCAACCCACUGACCGCUCGGCCGUGAUGGGAGAAAGCCUCACUAUAGACUGUCAAGCCAACGGAUUCCCUGUACCUCAAGUUAGGUGGAAAAAAGAUCACGGUUUGAGUGGCAGGAACGAAUAUCGAACGAUUAUCAGUAAUCCGCACAUUCAGACCCUAGAGAAUGGUUCGCUCGUCAUCACUGAAGUGGAGCUUUCAGAUGCCGGUCUUUACAUGUGCCAAGCCACCAAUGGUAUAAGCCCGAGUCUCAGUGCAGUUAUUAAGCUGACUGUGCAUGUUCCAGCACACUUCCGAGUAAAAUUUCAAUCUUCUACAGUCAGGAAAGGAGAAACGGUACAUCUGAUAUGCACAGCUUACGGUGAAACCCCGAUUACAUUAGUAUGGACUAAAGAUCGCCAAAUCUUCAACAUCAGAACAGAGUCCCGGUAUAGUGAAGUACAAAAAGACCACGAGGAUGGAGUUGCGUCAGAAGUAACCAUUAUUUCUGCAGAUAGAAGAGAUUCCGCCUUGUUCACAUGCACAGCUUCAAAUGAAUAUGGAAGAGACGAAACUAACUUCCAAGUGGUUGUUCAAGAAAGGCCCGAUAGUCCAAGAAAUAUGGAAAUAAAAGAACUAACUAGCAGAACUGUAACACUUACUUGGGUACAACCAUACAGUGGAAACCUUCCUUUAACACGUUACAUUGUUCAGCUGAAAAGACAAGAUGAACAAUGGUUGGAACAAACGAAGAGCUUAACUGUGCCUGUCACUGAAAGUAGCACUGUACUUGGAGAUUUGAUGCCUGUAACCACCUACAACAUCCGAAUUCUUGCCGAAAAUUCUCUUGGACAGAGUAAACCGAGUGAGCCCAUAACAGUUACUACAAAGGAAGAAGCACCUGCAGCUCCACCGGCUGACAUUAGGGCAGAAGCUACUAGUUCUUCGUCAGUGAAAGUUUCUUGGAUGGCGCCUCCAAAAGAAAUGCGAAGAGGUUCAAUCAAAGGAUAUUAUUUAGGCUACAAAGUUCUGCGGUCAGCCGACACUUUCACGUAUAAAACUUUGGAAUCCAGUGGAGAUGUCAGAGAAGAGCAUCAUUUGACUAAUCUUCGAAGGUUUACACAGUACGUCAUUCGACUUCAAGCUUUUAACAAGGCUGGAAGUGGACCACAUUCUGAAGAAAUUACUGUCCAAACACUGGAAUACGAUCCUCCUGGAACGCCAACUCUGCGUGUUGCUUCCGUCGCUGCAACAUCAGUAAAGUUGGAAUGGACAGCUCCGGAUUCUACACCAAUACAAGGUUACAUCUUGCAUUACAGAGAGGACAAAGGCGAAUGGUCAGAGCAUCGGCUACCACCGGACAUUACUAAUCACGUCCUGCAGCCUCUCAGAUGCGGGACUAGAUAUCAGGUUCAGAUCACUAGUUUCAAUAAAGCGGGCGAAGGUGAACCGUCUGACGCAAUACAAGUUAAGACUGAAGGCACAGCCCCUGUUGCUCCAGAUAAGCAUUCCUUUCUUAUUAUCAAUUCAACUUUCGUCACUCUACGUCUGGACGCUUGGCACAGCGGCGGAUGUCCGAUAUCUUACUUCGAAGUCAAGUACAAACUUUUGUCCGAAGCUGAGUGGUUCUUAGUCUCCAAUAAUGUUCUUCCAGAAACUGGAAAAUUGCUUCUUUCCGAACUAACUCCAGGAACUUGGUACAACCUUAUGAUAUCAGCCCAGAAUGAUGCAGGAGCCACUGAUGCUGAAUUCGUCUUCGCUACAUUGACUUUAUUUGGAGGUACAGUUGCUCCUCAAACACCAGUUAACACAGAUCGCCGCUUUUUUAAACACCUCAGCAUCAUAGUUCCCGUUGUGUGUGCUGUAGUCAUAGUCAUAGUAGUCACAAUUGUCAUAUGUGUUCUUCAUACGAGGAGGAAUCCCCCAAACAGAGGAAGAGGACAUUAUGAUCAAGGAGAUGGUCAGUCCCGCGUCUCCCACAAAGGUGACACCUUGAACAUGAGCGUCUUGGGAAAGAAGGGUCAUGGUGAGACUGCAUACGAGGUGCCCAAGGACUCCCUGUACUUCCCAUCCCCGUACGCCACGACGCGUGUUCCUGGGUACGUGGUCGAGGAAGGAAGCGAAUGUGACAGCCUCAGGUCAAGUACCAGAACUCCUAGCGAUCCGCAGGGAAGUCAUACGUACGAUGUACCGUUUCCAGUUAGAAGGCCGGAAUACGAGGAACAGUAUUCGCAAAUCAAGCGCGUACCAUUGUCAACCCUGCAAACCUCCAACGUCUAUCAAGCCCCUCAGUAUUGUGACAGCGAGAAACUUGUGUCUAGAUGGAUAGGUCGUCCAACAUCUGAACCCUGCACCUUCCAGCUUUCCCAAGAUCCUCGCGGCAGGGGGGUGCAGGAGGAAGGUCGUUGGUACCCUUCCAGGUACAGAACGACCUCCUCCUCCUACGCCCAACAACAGAGUUUAGAAUGCUCAGAUGACGAAAAUGAAUUCGAGUCAAUGAGGAUUGCAACUCAGGAAGAAGAAGAAGGUCACGAAGUAUCCGAAACCGAAUGCGACAGGGAGCUUAAGACGCUAUCGAAGAUUAGAGGAAACAACUCUCUGCGAGUGGCCAUGCCUCCUGAGUGUCAUCAAGCAGCAUUGACCGCCCUAACCGUCCACUAACUAAAUUCUGACAAUGGACUCUGUGCACAAAUUUUUAUCCACCCACGCAGAUUUUUCCUCCCGAACUUUAUGUGCAUAUUGAGUUCCCUGGGAUAAUUCUUCUCCAGAAAUCUCCCCGGAAACUCCUGCGAGGAAGUGCAAAUGGGAUUUUCUUGCUGCGAAAUUAGAAUUUUAAAGAACUUGACGAUGUAACG